AUCAGAUAAACGCUUCCUUUUGGACCUGAAUGUUAAGAUAUCUAUUAAACAUUUAAAACACCUGGAUCGUUUGAUUGUAACUUCCGCCUACGUCACAUUACACACUUUCUAUCGUUUACUGUACACGUCAACAACAUGCCAGCCCCAGCAAGUUCAACAUCAGUAGGAGCAGGACGUAGUCCUUCAUCAAAAACAGUAUCACCAAGAGCAGGUGGUGGUGGAUCUACAACACGACAGAGGAAGACCACAAGUUCCUCAGGUAAUGCACGUAAAUCUGUAGCUGGAGGUGGCAGCAGUAGUGCUGGUAUGUGGAGAUUCUACACUGAAGAUUCACCAGGAAUCAAAGUAGGACCAGUGCCAGUAUUAGUGAUGAGUUUGAUCUUCAUUGCUUCAGUCUUCAUGUUACAUAUAUGGGGAAAAUACACACGAGUAUAGACCAAUCAUAACACAUGUUACAUCAUUAUAUAAAAAAAUAUAAGAAAAGUAAUGCAAUAUUAUAAUUUUUUAAAAGCAGGAACAUAAUUUUUAUUCAACUUAUUUCAACCUGCAUACUGUGGACCAUAAAAUUGUAAAUAUAGAUUGUUUGGUGUACUUAAUUUUACAUCAUUAUUUGUAAAAGUAUGUUUUAUGACUUUUUUUACUUGUAUAUCAUAAUUUUAUUUUUAUGAAUAAGUAAUUUAAAGACCCAAGUCUUUAAAUAACUUUUCUCCUGAGAAUAUCAACUUGCGUACCAUCUCAUGCUGAAGAAAUCAUUUUAGUGUCUGCCCUAAAAGGAAACACCGUUUUUGUUUACAAAAUAAUCUGCAGUGGAAAAAAAGAUGACAUACAGCUUCAAGUUUUACAUUUAUCACAAUUCUGACAAUUUGAAAAUUUGUUCUAUCAUUUGGUCUAGAACUUUGCAUGUACAGUUUUGAAAUCAGUAAACUCUAAGGGGAGAUGAUCUGAUUUCACAUUUUGUUAUUUAUGAGUUAUGUUGUGUAUUUCCCUAGUCAAAAACAUUUUGACAUUAAUAAAAUGUGUACAAUAUGACUGAAAAAAGAAACAAUAAAAUGAAGAAAACAGA